AUGACUGUGACAAAGAGUGUGGUGCGUACUUGGGAGCUGAUUCUCAGUGAAGAGCACAAGGACGAGGCUUGGGUGUCCGACGCGCACCAGAGGAACGAUUACUUGCAAGAACAGCUUGAGUAUUAUCGUUCCGAGCAGCAGGAUGAAGGGGGACGCGAGGUGGAGGCCGUGGCUAAAUUCGAGCCGUUCUCAGCGGCAGUAAGGGAGGUUGCCAUACCGGAUAACAUGAAGAAUAUUGUCCUUGAGACAUACAGCGGGAAGGCUGAUCCCAAAGAGCACUUGUUAUACUUCAACACAAAAAUGUUGAUCAGUGCCAGUUCGGGCACUGUGAAGUGCAGGAUGUUUCCAGCUACGUUCAAAGGCACAGCCAUAGCCUGGUUUACCACGCUACCCCGAGGAUCCAUUACUAAUUUCCGUGACUUCUCAUCAAAAUUCCACGUCCAGUUUUCCGCCAGCAAAACCAAGCAGGUGACGAUCGAGGAUCUCUACAACGUCCGCCAAUCUGAGGGCGAGACUCUGAAGCAGUAUGUAAAACGAUUCAGCGCAGCAUCAGUCAAAAUUGAGGAGUCUGAGCCGCACGCCUGUGCGCGUGCCUUCAAGAACGGGUUGCAACCGGGGAAGCUGAACAGCAAAUUGAGCUGCAAACCGGCUCGGUCCAUGGCGGAGAUCUGGACGCGAGCAAACACCUACAUCUUGGACGAGGAAGAUGAUGCUUUCAAGCGAAGGCGCGCGAAAAAGGAGAAAGACGGCGAGCUGGGGGACGCUUCGCCGGAAGAAAAACGGACUAAGGAAAGGGGAGAGAGCAGCAAAAAGCGAGACAGGAAGGUAAGAACAGAAGAAAAGACUGCGAAGGAACCAUUGUAUCCUAGAGAGAAAACUUUGAGCGCCGCAGACCGUGGCAUCAAGCUGACCCUCGCCGGCGAGAGGAGUCAGGAAAGAGUCUUAAUGCCCAUCUGA